AUGAGUAGAAAAAACUCUUAAGAAAGAGUUCUAUAAUCAGCUAAUUCCUGUAAAAACUAAGGAAGAUCGUUAAAUAUUAUUGAUUUUAUAAUGAAACAAAACUUUUAGGAAAAAGGUCCUUAAACAAAAGCAUUUUCAGAAGAAAUGAAUGUAUAAAAAUCUUGUGACAUGUGUUUAUAAUUGUAAGAGGAAUUAAGUAAAUUUGUUAAUGCAGAGCGAUUUUAAUAAAUCAUAGAGAAGGUUUGGUAGAAAAUGAAAAAAAUUGAUGAUGACAAUUAAAAGCUAUUUUUUAAGAUUGAAAAUCUCGAAAAAGCUCUUAUAGAUUAAUAAGGGUUUUUAGAUGAAUUGAAUGAUCAAUAAUACAACAAAUAAUAAUAAUAAUAAGAUUAAUCUUAGAUUAUAUAAUAAGUAACUUUAGAUAAAGGUUAACUUGAGAAAUUAGAAAAAAAAAUUUAAAAAGACAAUUUAGGAGGAUUAAAGAGCAUAGAAGAUAAUUUAUAUAAGACUUUAAAUAAGGAUAUUCAAUAAAAGUUUAUGGUUAUGCAAGAAAAAUUAGAAGCAAUAGGUUAAUAGUUUAAUGGAGUUAAUGAAUAGAUUGAAUUAUUUAAUCAUAAACUUGGAAUAACUAGAGAAGAAUGUGAAGAAAGAAUAAAUUAAAUGGCAUUAAUAGUAAAUGAGAAUAAUUAAUUAUAAAGAGCUAAUAAUCAUGGAGUAGCUGAAAUGUAAUAGCAUGUAAUUAUUAUAUAUUUUUACAAAGUAUAGUGAUUUGGAUGCAGAUAUGAUGAGAAUAUUUUAACAUAUUAAAGCAUUACUAUAAAAUGAUUAUAAAAUAGUAGAAAUUGAAUAGAACAUAAAUAAUAUGAAGUCUUAAUUGGUUUAAUUAAGAAAUGCUGUUAAUGAAAUUGGUGAUUUUGUUUCAAAA